AUGAGUUUCUCAUGGAAAUUGCAGCAGCUGCAGAGAGAAGAGUGGUUUCACGGUUGUUUACCAUUUGAGGACAUAGUGGGUUUAUUAAAGAAAGAUGGUGAUUUUCUGCUGAGGGAGUUAGAACCAGAAGGGGAUAGAUCUGCAAUGGCGUGUGUUACUGUGAGGUGGGGACCUGCUAGGGAUUUUCCAGUGCAUUGUAUGAAUGUAGGCAACCUACGUAUCUAUACGAUAAACGGUGAAGAUAAAAACACGAGGAUCAUGGACUUGGUGAGGUUUCAUCACAGCACUGGAACACCAGUAGGAGAAGACGUAAAGCUUCAACAUCCAAUUCCCAAACAACCUUGGGAAUUGAGUAGCGAUAAGAUCAAUCUGGUUGAAAAGAUUGGGGCUGGAGCCUUUGGAGAAGUGUGGAAAGGCACAAUGUCACGCUCUCAAGGCAAACCACCAACAGAAGUAGCCAUUAAAGUGAUGAAAGUCAAUGAUGAGAAUAAGGAUAAAAUGGACGAGAUGUAUAAGGAAGCGCGUUUGAUGCGACAGGCCAGGCCGUACGUUCUUGUCGCUUUUCUUAACUCCCGCCCAUUUUGCCCGUAUAGCCGUGGUUUGUAUGCGUAUUUCUUGGCAGUACUUGCCUAUUUUGCCGAUUAUCCAUUUUCCAUCCAUUGUCGCCUUAUUGGUCGUUGUCGUCGUUACGGCGUUGAGCUGAGACUUGCGCUAGAAAACAUUGUUACGUUCUACGGAAUUGUUCAAAAAAGCAGCGAUAGUGUAAUGAUAGUCAUGGAGAUGGUUAACGGUGGUGGUCUAGACCACCAUCUUAGAAAGAAUCCCAACAUAAGUGUAAAAGAGAAGAUUAGUUAUGCCAUUGACGUAGCUGUGGGUCUUGUGUAUUUACACUCGAAAGGUUGUAUGCAUAGAGAUAUAGCUUGUCGAAAUUGUCUCAUCGACGUUAAGAAAACUUUAGUAAAAAUAUCUGAUUUUGGCCUGUCGAAACAAGCUGAGUCCUAUACCAUAAAAAGUGAAGAAAAACUCCCAAUCAGAUGGCAAGCCCCAGAGGUUAUAACGACGAGAAUCUACACCAGAAAAUGUGAUGUAUACUCGUAUGGGAUUUUACUCUGGGAAAUUUUCAAUAAUGCAGAAAAACCCUACGCAGGGAUCAAUAACAGAACCAUUAGAGAAAAUAUUACUGAUCCUAAAUUUCGUCCUGUAGUGGAUGUGAAGUGGCCUAUAGUCGUACAAAGAGCAAUGAGGGCUUGUUGGAGAGGUGAUUCCAAGAAGCGACCAGAAAUGCAGCAGGUUGCCAGAUAUCUAAUGUUUGCUCCUCCUGAGCUGUAA